AUGAAGCUGUCUAGCACCGUUGCGCUGCUUGGCGCGUCCCUGCCUGGUGCUGUGGCGUGGGGAAGCUUGGGCCACAUCACAACCGCAUACAUCGCAAGCCACUUCGUUGCCAACACCACAGAGACCUUCUUCCAGGACCUCUUGCGGAACGACACCGAACAUUACCUGGCAGGUGUGGCAACGUGGGCCGAUACCAUUCGCUACACCAGAUGGGGUCAUUUCACGGGUCCCUUCCACUUCAUCGAUGCCCACGACAGCCCGCCUGACUAUUGCGGCAUCGACUUUGAAAGGGACUGCAAGGCGGAGGGCUGCGUUGUCACUGCGUUAGCAAACUACACCACCAGGUCGCUGGAUACGAAGCUCAGCGGUUGGGAGCGCAAUCAAGCGGCUCGCUUCGUCGUCCACUUCAUCGGCGAUAUCCACCAGCCACUUCACAACGAAGACGUCGCUCGAGGGGGCAACGGAAUCCACGUGAAGUGGUAUGGCACCGACUUCAACCUGCACCACGUAUGGGAUAGCUCCAUCGCUGAGAAACUGAUCGGUGGCGCUCGUCGUCGUCCGUACGACAACGCGAAACGCUGGGCGGACGAGCUCGCGGAUGAGAUCAAGACGGGCAAGUUCGCCGCGCAAAAGGCGGAUUGGCUGAAGACGCUCGACUUCAACGACGUCAAGGCGACUGCCCUUGCGUGGGCAGGAGAGGGAAACGCAUUCGUCUGCACCCACGUGUUCCCCGAAGGCCCGCGUGCGAUCGCCGGACAGGAGCUCGGGGGUGAAUACUUCCAGAAGGCGGCGCCAGUCAUCGAGCUCCAGGUCGCCAAGGCAGGCGUGCGAAUGGCGGCUUGGCUCGACCUUAUUGCAGCAGCGUAUACGCAGGCGACGACGGGGACGACGAAGAUGGACAGCGCCGAGGGUAACAAGGACGGCAACACCGAUGUGGGCGGCGCCGACAUGGGCUCGGAGGAAUUGUGA